AUGUUAGUACGUGUAGAGUACUACGCGAUUAGCCAAGCGGAAAAGAAGCAGAUAGCUGAUCGUAUAUAUGAUGAAAUAGCCAACCGUGAUACCCGUUGGGUCAAUUUUUUCGACCUAGAGGGACGAAAAGUAGUCUAUCGUACCUAUGGAAACGUAGUGAUCAGCAUAUAUGCAGACCGAGAUGACAACACUCUCGCCUAUCACGAACUUAUACAUCUCAUAGUAGAUAUAUUGGAUUCGUUUUACGGCAAUGUACGUGAACUGGAUGUGGUUUGCAACUUCAACACAUUGCAUAGCCUGCUCAAUGAACUAAUACUCGCAGGAGAACUACUGGAAACCUCCAAGCAAAAUGUCCUCGACCGACUUAAAGCAACGUAUAAGUUAAACUAG